GGGAAAUCUUCGACCAUAGUAAUCGAAAACGUGCAGUUAAACGCUGAUAGGCAAAGUGUUAGGUACCUACUAAAAGACUACAGGAUUGCCUAGAAAUUUAUGAAAUUUUUUUUGUCAUUUUCAAAUGAAAUGGCAUACACUUUGUUUUUACCAGCCAAAUAUAACAAUCGGUUCUUGUCGUUAUACCUAUUAAUGAUUUUCACAGUGAUCGCGUUAGUGUUUGCUGAUUAUUCCGUUGCUACGGCUAUUUUCAAAGGAACUCAUGUUCGACGUAAAAGAACUGUGCCCGACUUUGUCGAAGACUUCAUGAACAGUGUAUACUUUGAUUUUCAAGAUCCAUUACCGUUACCAUCUACAGUAAUCGCCAGGAUAACACACAUGCCAACUACGAAUAGAAUAAGAUAUAUUCCCAUGGAAAAAAUAAAAUUAACUAAAAUGCGUGCUCGAAAGUUAGCUACACCAAGUAUGAAGUUCAAGUAUCCCAAGAAAUAUCCUCUUAAAGAAGAUGAUUUUACAGCUUCGUUAUCGAAUAACAAUUUGCCGUGGACUUUACAUCCAUUGCCACCGCCAUUGACAACGGUUAAAUCUAGUUUAAUAGAUGCACAUAAAAACGUACCAUGGGCUUUGAACCCGCUGCCUCCUCCAGUAAAAACUAAAUCCUAUAGCGAUUACUAUUGGUCAAAUAUGAAAAAAACACCAGUCAAAUUUAAACGCAAGUAUAGACCAAUGAAGCCUAUUCAUGUCGUGGAACACAAACCAUUUGGUUCAAAAUCUAUAAACUAUAAGCCUACAGAAUUAAAAUCAAGCGAUAUUAUAAAAACAAUUAAUUUCAAAUCUAAUAAACUAAAUAACGAGAAACUGAAAUCAGAUAAGUUGACGGGGAUUGAUUACAAAUCAGAAUUAAAUCAAAAAUAUAGUGAAGAGGAUCCAAUUAAAGAUUAUUUUAAUAAUCACGAUCAACGAAAUAUUCAUGAUGAACAACGACAAAGCGAAUCUUCAUCUACAGAAAACUUUUUACCAUCAAAAGCACCUAGUUAUAUGACUACGCAUAUUACUAUCGAACCGUCAAUUGAAAUUGCAUCUUUUUCUGAAACUGAAUUGCAAGGUGACAGCACUUCUAGUAACGCAGUAUCUUAUGAUGAUAGUCAACACCGAUGUCAUUGUAUUCUUAAUGGACAUAGACACAAACGGCAGACAGAAAUAAGCAAUUUAAAUAUUAAUGACAAUGGAACAACUAUUGAUUGGCGUGGUGAUACCAGAGUGGAACGUUCUCAUGAUCACUACUCUUCGGUAGGACACGCGACAGAAAUUGAAGUUCAAAAGUCUCAAGAUAUAAGCGAUCAACCAAUUGUUAAUGGAAGUCCUAUAAAUUACGAACAACAUGUUCGCGAAAUGAAUAUAGCGACAAUGUUAAAGAACGAUAAAGUACCUUCAGAGUCUAUUAACCAUAAACAGGAAAUUAUAGAUAAUAUACACAGCAUUAAAGAUAGUGACAAAUUUAAGAUUAACUAUGGAAUCGAUCUCAAUAACUUGGACGAGUCUAGGUCGUCGAGAAUAUCAGCAAAUAAGGGAGAAAUUUCCUUAAAAUUAAACGACGAGAACACGAGUGGUAAACUUCGUAGUACUGAAAUUGGUUCUAAUCCCAAUAAAGAAAGACGUUUUCAAUUAACAAAAAGUAAAAUUGAAAAUUCGGAUAAGGGGGUAGCGUUUAGCAUACAAACUCCAUUUUCAGUAGCGAGUUUUGCUUCCAAUAUAAGAUAUCCGCUUUCAGAAGGACAUCAAUCUCAAUUCAAGUAUACAAAUGAAGAAUCUCCACAGUCAAUGUUUCACACAGAUUUAUCGGAACCACUUGACUUUGAACAAUUUGGCUUAAAAUCUGCCGUAGGUGAAGACAAACAAUCUAAUUCAGGGCAAUAUUUAACAGAAUUCUCUAAAAGUUUUGGAGAUAUGCCCUUUUAUACUAACACGGGUCAAUUAAUUUUGGAUAUGACACAUAAUUCCCAAGAUAAAACAUUAAAUUCUAGACGAACCGAGCCUCAUUUUUCUCUUAAUUUUGAAAAAAACCAUGAAAGAUCAAAUUUAUUUCGUUACAACACACCAAUAUAUUCAAACAGGCCGCUAAGCCGACUGACUAAAAUUCGAGAUGAGGCAGAUAAAUCAUAUUUAGAGUACUUCCAACCAGUAAUAAUUGAUUUCGAAAAAUCUGACAAAACCAAAUCUAAAUUGUUUGGACAGAACAGUAAUAAUAAUAACAAUAAUAAUAAUUUUAAUUAUUUCGAAAAAUCUGAUUCGUCAAUGUUUCCGAGAUUUAAAAAAAAUGAUAAUCCGGAUUCUCUCCGCUUACCCGGACGCUUACACGAAUUCAAUGAACAUUUAACAAGAAAAAUGAUACUUCACCCGUCAACGUUUGACAUCGACUAAAAUAAUGAUAAAAAUAGUUAUUCCAUAAUGUUUCUAUACAAAGUUGAAAUUAAGAUCAUGAAAUAAUUAAGAACUAUUAUUCUCAUAUACUCCUCAUCGUAAGUCAACUAUUAUUUCACACAAAAAAAAGAUUUGUAAAAGAAAUUAAUUUUACAAAAUAAUUCUUCAACGGCAAAAUGGUUUUAUCUAUACUAAGUAUGAUAUUUCUG